AUGUUAGCCAUAGACUGUCUGGUCGGCGGUCUGCUGCUCAGCUCGAUCGGCGUUAACAUCCUGGCGCUGGGUGCGUUCUGGGUGACGCCAAGUCUGCGCACCACCGCCAACCGGUUCGUGAUCAACCUGCUGAUAGUGAACCUUGUGUGCUGCAUCAUUCUCGGCCCAUCGCUGUUGUUGAAUGCGUUCACCGCCAAAGCACCGUCGGCUGCCCGCGUGGAGCUGUUUGUGCCCUCGACGGCGGUGUCCUUCAGUGCCCUUGGUGGCACUUCGGAGACCUCGGUGGAUCCGGUGGCUGUAGCCGCGACUGCCGCCAGCCAACCAAAUCGCACGAGGAUCGUUCGGUGUCCAAAAAAUGGCACCCUAGACCCUACGCUGAACUGUGACGGUUCGCCCAGCAGCGAACCGGAAGUGGAUGGGCCGACUAGCAGUGACGAAACGGACUCGACGCCCUUCAUCCGGACCAGCCCGGUGCAUCCGAAUCUAACGCUCACGAAGAUCCGCUGUUGGGGUCUCGAUCUUGUGGUAGCGCUUGGGGCGCUUUCAGUACUGCUGGUGGUCGGAGACACUUGGUGUGCCAUCACCGAUCCACUCCGGUAUCAUUCGCGCAUCUCCGAGCUGAAGGCGUGGGCUUUCAUCAUCGCGAGCUGGGUGCUGGGUAUCGCGUUUGGUAUUGCGUCCGGUUUCCGGGGUGAUCAGAAGUACGUGACGCUGUUCAAGAACCGGCUCACGGCGGAAGAGCUAGCCGCCAUCGAAUCUAGUCACUGGGCCGCAGAUGUGAAUCGAAGUGCAGCGGCCACAGCGGUGGGUCAACCUGGUUCCGUUUCCGCUACCGAAGGGUUUAUCCACCACCUGAACAUCUCGGAGGAUCUGUACAACACGAUCUUCUCGUACGCGUACUUCGUGAUCGUGAUCCUGAUCCCGUUCGCGCUCGUGUGUGCCAUGUAUUGGCGCAUUUUCUCGGAAGCGCGUGAAAGUGGCCAACGGAUGCGCCAGAACGGAUCUUCCCCGUUGCUCCAGAGUGCGCUUAAUCUCGUGUCCGCCCAGAAACAGGCCGCCGCUGAGAAGCAGCUGAUGAUCGACGCACACCAACAGCCCACGCAAGGAUCCCAAAUCCAACCGCUCCCGAGCAUUCCCGAGCGGCCCGCGGCUGAAAAACCUUCAUCGACCGAUUGCGAGGGUCUCACGAUGAAGAUCGACAAGCAGAUCCACUACGAGGAUGAAACGAUCACGAUCAGCAGCAUACCGCAUCAUCAUCAUCAUCAUCAUCACCAGCAUCAGCGGGAUUCGUGUUUGAAACCGCUGCUUCAGCAAUCGCCCGCACCAACGCCCACGCACAAACCGACGGGAAACGCGCACACGGAAACGCCCGCAGUUCAGCUGGCGAGUGUGCUGAAGUCACCGCUGCGACAGGAUCGCAACCAUAACAGUAUUCUGCUACCGCACCUGCCACCAGAGGGCACUGCGAGUGGGCCACUUCCGACGACUGACGCGACGGUCGAUAGACCUGCACCUGAUCGACCUGCAGGAUCUAGCGGCGGGCUUGGAAAAGUGCGUCGCAACCAAAGUGCUGGACGUCUCGUUAGCUUUUGCCAGGACGAACCGACGGCCGACAUGUUGCCAGUGGCCGGAACGCUACGGCAGGUCCAUUCGACACCCAACUUCCGGCGGUACAGUGCGGCUGAGUUUGAGAGCCUUGGACCACACCACAUCCUGUCGCUACCGGCUGUACACGUGCCGCCAAAAGCGCUCAGCUACAUGACCUCGAUCCGGCACCGGCUUUCGAACGCAUCCUCGCUGUUCAAAUACCGUGAGGAGUCACGAGCCGCUCGGAUCAGCAUCCUCGUGAUCAUCAUGUUCCUGGUGUCGUACCUACCGUAUGGUAUCCUUGUGCUAAUGCAAGGCCACGUCGAUCUGAUCAUCGUGUCCGAUCAAGCACUGCUCGCGAUCUUCACCGUCGUGAUCGCGAACCUCAGCUCACCGUUCAUCUUCGCCUACCGGAACAAGCGCGUCCGGCGUGGCGUCCGUCGGCUUCUCGGCAUCGAUCGCAAGACGAACGAACGGCUCCAGAAGCUGACCACAAGCAACACGCACUUCAACAACCAUCCGACGGUGCCGCAACACCAGCAACAUCCGCAACACCUGCACCAGCUCAGCAACUAUGGUGCAAACAUUACGCUGGCCAGCGACGGGCUCGGUUCGGAUGGGGACACGCCCGAGAUGGUGCCACACAAAUCGCACAAGGUGCGAAUUGCGGGCGGUGAUGGUGGCCUCGCGCGAACCGGUGGUGGCUCGUGCAAGUAUCUCACGCCAAAUCACGCGGCGGCCGUGGCCGUGGCGAACGGGUACAUAGUCGAGUUCGAGCGGUACCCCUCCGACGAGCUCAAUAGUCUCUGCAUACAGAAGAAAUCGAUACUGAAACGGGUCUGUGAUAGUUCGCGUAAGUGGGGCUGCAACUUUGCCACCAAUUCCUGCACCAGCAACGACGAGCAGACGGAGGUGUAG